GUCCUGUCGGGGAUAUCAUCGACUGCGUGGACAGAACAACUCAAUCUGCGUUCAGUCAUCCUCUCCUACAAAAUCACAAAUUUCAGGAAACACUUACAGAAAUUUCCAGGCAUAGCAACAAAUGAAGACAAUGUAAACUGGCAAAUCUGGCAUCAUAACGGAACGAAGUGUCCGAAGGGAACAGUUCCUAUACGGAGGGUGUCUCAUAUCAAUGGAACUACAAGUUCAGAGGCUGCAAACAGAUUCACCCGAGAGCACGGGUAUGCUGUCGGACAUAUGAAGAGUCAACCACCAAAAAUAUACGGAACAAAAUCCACCCUAAGGCAGGUUUGGCUCGUCUCGGGAUCUUAUGACGUGGGUGAUCUCAACAGCAUCGAGGCUGGCUGGCAAACAAGUCACAGAAUCGCUAUCGGGGGUGCUAUUUCCCCAACGUCGACUUUCCGGGGCGCUCAAACAGAUCUAACCAUUCAAAUAUGGAAGGAUCCCAAGCUCGGACUU